AAUGUGCGGAGCGCCGGAGACUGAAAAACGGGCAUGAGCAGCAGCAAGGUACAUAGUAGUCUGUCCUCCUGCUCAACCUGCACUUCUGGACCAAAAGCGACUGGUCAGUUGCUGUGUGGAACUCAGCACGCACUUGAGCAACAAUGGCCGAAACACCACGACGAUCGCUGGAGUACGGUCCACGCGUCGAGGACCAGAACGUCUCGCACUUGCAGCUCUUUCAGGAUACCGUCAGCGCCAGGCCACACGCAACUGCUCUCAUCGCAAAGCAUCAAAACCCAUCCACGUUCCGCUGGGUCGGCAGCCAGAAUUCGGACAAGAGCUAUGUUCAAUGGACUUUCGCAGAGUUGGAUCGUGGUGCGCGACGCUUGGCGACAGCAUUGAACAGUCUCACCCCUAUCGAGAGGCGACCUGUGGCAGUCCUCAUCAACAAUCAGGCAGAAUGGGCACUCUUCUACUGGGCAUGUGCUUACCUGCACUCCCCUUUUGUGCCCAUCAAUCCCAAGACAGCUACUCGGACUGAGGAGAUUAAUCACAUGCUGGAACUGGUCAGCCCGGUGGUCCUUGUCAGUGCAGACCUCAUCAUUGCCAACCAGCUCGAGCACAGUUUAUCAGAGAAAUUGAUGGCAUCUAUCAGCUCCCGCAUUACUUUAUCAAACUCCAUCGGCGCUACACAGCGGGAAUGGUGUCUGUUGUCAGAGGUUAUGUCUGGUGAGCUGACCCCACCACAUACUCCAGAUGUGGUGGGACCGAACGACACCAUUGUCAUUCUCUUCACGAGCGGCACGACUUCAUUGCCCAAGCCUUGUGCAUUGACGAGCUUUCAAUGCUUGAAUGCAGCCCUGGGCUAUAUGGAUGCUCAAAAGGUCGGCAGUGGUCAUAGAUUCGUCCAGCAUCUUCCCGGAUUUCAUUCGUACGGUAUCGGCUGGUCACUGGGCUUCUGGCUGCGUGGUGGCAUGGUUAUCUACCCCUCGGAUUCCUUCGAAGCACAAGCUACGUUGGAAUGUUUCGACCAGUUUCAAGCGACGCACAUGGGCUUGGUACCAACCACUGCACAAGCUAUUCUGGCGCAUCCAGCGUUCUCCCAGACUGAUCUCAGCACGCUUGUCAGCAUUGACAUAAGCGGUGCCGGUGUUCUUCCCAGCUUAAUUGAGGCUUGUGCAUCGACACUGAAAGUGCCUGCUAGCACGAGCUAUGGUAUGACAGAGUCACCUGGUACUAUGGCAUGGUCAGUCGACGAAGGCUCGGUUCUCCGGGAUGGCGAGGUCAUGUCUGGACGUCCUGUACGAGCGACGUGUGUGAAGAUCUGUGAGCCUGGCACUCGAGGCAUUGUCCCUCGUGGUGAAUAUGGCGAACUGCACAACGGAGGUCCCCAAGUCAUUCCUCGCUACAUGGACCCUCGAGUCUCGUCUGCCGACUUUUACGUGGACGAAGACGGCACCAGCUGGAUCAUUACCGGUGACCAAGCCAUCAUGGAUCAAGACGGUGCUGUUCGAAUCACUGGCAGGUACAAGGACAUGAUCAUUAGAGGAGGCGAGAACAUCUCGCCUGCUAGCAUCGAAGACUAUCUGAGCAAGAAGUCAGGCGUGUUUCAGGUCCAAGUCGUCGGUGCGCCUGAUGACAUGGCUGGUGAAGUGCCCAUCGCUGUCAUCGUUGAGCGUGAGGGCGAGCAGGCGAAUUUGGUUGAGCUGAAGAACGACACGCAAGUGGACCUAGGCGCAGCGUUUGCUCCAAAGCUCGUUUUGCGUCUAAGCGACAUCGGCCUGAGUGCUUGGCCUACCACUGCUUCUGGGAAGAUCAGAAAGGUCGAGCUCGCUAAGACAGUGCGAGAAUACCUGAGAGUGGAAGCAGAGAAGGGUGUUGACAAGUCCGGAUCCACUGUUGAUCAGCUCAUCAACAUCUGGAAGAUGAUCAGCGGCACAGACGGCUUGCUUCCUGAGACACUAGUUGACGCAUUUGCCGACUCACUGAUGAUGAUGCAAUUAUCCAGCGUAGUCAAGAAGGAGCUGGGUAGGGACAUUACCGUCGAGCAUUUCAAGAACUGCGAGUCGAUCCAGGAUCAGGCUGAUCUCAUCGCUGCCAGGCCACUUAAGAGUGCGGUGCCGAUGCAACCGAAGCGUGUUGGCCCUCCGUCUCUACAAGACAUGCCACACUGUCGAGAAAGCGAGGAUGUGUUCUGGGAGACGGUCUACGCAGCAGAGUGUGUCCUCGCUCCGUACGGCAUGAAAUGGGCUGACGUGGAAGAUGUCAUGCCUCUGCCAGAUUGGGACGCCAUCUUCCUCAAUCGUGCUCGGCCAUGUUCAUGGAACUUGCGCUUCAGCUACAAUGCACCGGUCGAUGUGGAGAGCCUGGAGCGUGCCAUCAAAAAGUCACUUGAGUUCCAUCCCACGAUGCGAUCGAUGGCUUUCCCUCUUGGCGAAGAUAUGUUGUUGGCUACUGUUGAGCCUACACAGGAGUGGCUCCAAGCAUCCAUGACUACGGGCUGGGAAGUCGAAACCAAGGAAGAUCUCAACCAUCUCUUGCUCGAUCAUCCUGUGCAUGAUAAUGCCAGUGCGCCUGGGCCACUUGUCAAAUUCCACAUUGCCAAAGUGCGCAGCGAUGGGACUUCUGGUCUGGUCCUGGUUGUUUCCCAUGCUGUCAACGACAUGAGCAUGACGAAGCUCUGGCUUGAAGAUAUCGUGACUUUGCUUACCAACCAAGGAACGGUGGUACCCCAUGCGCAAUUCAAGGACUACGCAACUGCCUUUUUCGACCACCGCGAUGGAUUGGAAGCUGACAAUGGAAUCAAGUACUGGUCCGAAAAGCAUCAGGGGAUAUCCCUCACACCCGAGUCUUCUCUCUGGCCGCCACAACGAGCAGCAGAAUGGUUCAAAGGCAGCGACCUCAACUGGACCAGAUGGAAUGGCACCAAAGCCCGGCGAGGAGAGCGCUCCGUCUCCCAAUCUGACAAAAUUCGCGCUCAGAAAGGCAUUCGUAGCAUGGUUCGAAUCAACGACAUCACACGACUCAAAGCAGAACACAAUGUGCCCGUCUUCAUGCUUGUCAAAGCCGCCAUUGCCAUGCUCAACAUUUCCAAAACGGGCGGCAAAGAUGCUAUCUUUGGCACCAUCAACGCAGCCCGUACCUGGCCAUUCAGCUCCGAUUACAGCGCCCUCGAAAGAGAGGCCUACACAGGCAACCCUCUCGAUGUCUCUGGCUGCACGACUGAAUACGUCCUCGAUCGCAUCCCCGUCGGACGCACCAAAUCCCUCCUGUCUUUCAUGCAACAAGUGACCAAAGACGAGGAGCAAAAUUCGGCGUACGCUCACACUCCAUUUUUCCGAAUCGUUGACCGCUUACGAGACCCCUUGUCUCCCGAUGACACGCGCACGUUCGCGGAAAGGGAAGCUGACGCGGAGAGCUUGCUGCCCUUGAUCCGGAGACAGAGUUUCAAUUGGUUACCCACGGCUCCCACCGCUCAGAAUCCCAAGGGCCUCCAAUUUCAGCAAAUGCUGACGAGGAUGGACAAUGGAUUGACCAUCACGGGCUUCUUGCUCGAUGAUAAAAAGAGUGUGGCAUUGAGUUUCAGUUGGGAUGCAGAACAUAUGAGUUUCGCAGAGGCGGAGAGGGCACUCGAACGACUUGUGGGCUUGGUCGAUAAGAUGGGCAAGGAGGAGAAUUGGACCAGGACCGUGGGUGAGAUUAUUGGUAUGUGAUGGGAGCGAUCUUGUCUUGUCCGCUUUCGUAUCUUCUGGAGGAUUCUCUUUUUUUUCCUUUUUUUAUUACUUGACUUCUUUUAUUCGUUCACGGAAGAGGGUAAUUCGAUGGGAUUGGAUGUAAUGCAACGUACUACGUAUAAUGAAUGGGGUCUUCUUGAAGGCGAAAGGAAAGGAAA